CUCUCUUCCUCUCUGUCUGAGCCCCGGUAGGUCCAUGAUGGUACAGGCAGCAUCUUGCAGCAGCACAAUGGUUGCAAGGUGGUGAGCUGAGGAGGAGGGGGGUGGAGGAGAGUGAAUCAGCAUCAGCAAGCCUCGGUUCCGUCCACCUCUCCGCUUCUUUCAUUUCUUCAUCACACUCUUCUUCUUCUUUUUUUUUUAUAUCUUUGUAUUUUUGUCUGGGGUUUUCUUUUUGUGUGUGAAUUGUUUCCUCCGCCGUUGUCUGCAUGAACGUCUCCAUCAGCGCGCGCCCAGCGAUGGUCUCCGCGGUGUUUGUGGUCGGGAUGCUUUGAGCAGGACUGGCACCGGACUGGGAUCGUCAUCAGCUGGCACGGAGGAAUGGUAUUUAUGAGCAGACAUUUCUUAUAUAACUGCAGCCAACCAGUCCUGGAUGUAAAGAUAGCCUUUUGUCAGGUGUGUGUUCCUUACAGGUAAAAAAGGGUUUUGGAAAACAAGUGGAUGUGUCAUAUAUCGCCAAACAUUACAACAUGAGCAAAAGCAAAGUGGACAACCAGUUCUACAGUGUGGAAGUGGGAGACUCCACCUUCACAGUUUUAAAACGCUACCAGAAUUUAAAGCCCAUUGGCUCUGGAGCUCAGGGAAUCGUCUGUGCGGGCUAUGAUGCUGUCCUGGACAGAAACGUAGCCAUUAAGAAGCUGAGCAGACCCUUCCAGAACCAGACCCAUGCCAAGAGGGCCUACAGGGAGUUGGUGCUCAUGAAAUGUGUCAAUCACAAAAAUAUAAUCAGUUUAUUAAACGUCUUCACGCCACAGAAAUCAUUAGAGGAAUUUCAGGAUGUGUACCUCGUGAUGGAGCUGAUGGACGCCAACCUGUGUCAGGUGAUCCAGAUGGAGCUCGACCACGAGCGAAUGUCCUACCUGCUCUACCAGAUGUUGUGUGGCAUCAAACAUCUGCACUCAGCCGGCAUCAUCCACAGGGAUCUCAAACCAAGCAAUAUAGUUGUGAAGUCUGACUGCACCCUCAAGAUCCUGGACUUUGGGCUGGCCAGAACAGCCGGCACCAGCUUCAUGAUGACUCCGUAUGUGGUGACACGGUACUACAGAGCCCCAGAGGUCAUCCUGGGUAUGGGAUACAAAGAGAAUGUGGAUAUUUGGUCGGUGGGGUGCAUCAUGGGAGAAAUGGUGCGCCACAAAAUCCUGUUCCCUGGCCGUGACUACAUCGACCAGUGGAACAAGGUGAUCGAGCAGCUGGGAACGCCCUCACCAGAGUUCAUGAAGAAGCUCCAGCCCACAGUGAGGAACUACGUGGAGAACCGACCAAAGUACGCAGGCCUCACCUUCCCUAAGCUCUUCCCCGACUGCCUUUUCCCCGCUGACUCCGAGCACAACAAACUCAAAGCAAGCCAGGCCAGAGACCUGCUGUCUAAGAUGCUGAUCAUUGAUCCUGCUAAACGGAUAUCAGUGGACGAGGCGUUGCAGCACCCGUACAUCAACGUGUGGUACGACCCAGCUGAGGUGGAGGCGCCUGUGAGAGUUUGUGCUGAGGAGAGAAAAUUACACGUCACGAAAGAUUCAAAGCCUCCACCUCAGAUCUACGACAAGCAGCUGGAUGAACGAGAACACUCAAUUGAUGAGUGGAAAGAAUUAAUCUAUAAAGAAGUGAUGAACUUUGAGGAGAGAACGAAGAAUGGCGUUGUGAAGGGACAACCUUCACCUUCAGGUGCAGCCGUGAACAGCAGCGAGAGCCUCCCUCCCUCCUCCUCUAUCAACGACAUCUCCUCCAUGUCCACCGACCAGACCCUGGCCUCAGACACCGACAGCAGCCUGGAGACCUCCGCGGGACCCCUGGGGUGUUGCAGGUGACUAUCCGCCUGCCUGCGCAACCCCGUGUUCUUCCGGCGGUGAAGAACCCAACAAAUACGACUUUCAAAUUAAAACAAUUUCAAAAAAAUGAUAAUAAAAAUACAAAAAGAUGAAUAUGUUCUGAAUGAAAAUGUCAAUUAUGUAAUAAUUGGAAAACCGAUGAAGCCUGUGCAUCGUCACUCACAAGAGCAGUGGUGUUUAAUGAAGCCGAUGAGCUGAGAUAUAAUGUUAAUGAUCAUCUAGUUGCUUUGCUGCAAAUCUUGUAUAUGGCUUCCAAAUGAAAAACGACCGAGUGCUUCGACUUGCAUCUCCUUUAAAGUGCAUUUUGGCUGGCUUCUGGUUUUCCUGAACAGCGUUUACGGUUGAACGUUGUGGCAAGGUGGGCUUCCGUUGUGCUCACCACUCCUGCUAAAAACAAGCUUUCCCUGGUUCUCUACUUAAUAGCAUUGCCUUUUUUUUGUUUGUUGUUUUUAACACUUCCCACCCAUCCAAUCCACAAUCUUAAAUGUUAGGUUGCCAGAUAUGUUUCCAGCUCCAUGUAAAUACUGUAACUCUGUCCAGCUGAAGGGCAGUCAGAGUGGGACUGAUGGCCAGUACACUGGGAGUUUGUGUAGUUUAUUUAUUUUUUUAUUGGCUUCCUAACUAGCGCACACCUUGCCACAUCACUUCUGUCCACCUCGGUUGCUCCUGCCUAUCGCUGUAGUCGUGCAUGGUUAGAUUUAAAUCUCACUGUAUGCUAAAAGUAAAAAAAAAGGUCUCUAUAAGGACUUUGUUUAUGUACAAUGUAAACUAACUCCACUGCUGACAUGAAGGGAUAAAAAAAGACUUCUAAUCAGAAUUGAGGUCAGGACUUAAAGGGCGCACAGAAAUAAAUAAUUCGGAUUGUGCACUGUGUUUGAAAGGCCUCCCGAAACGGUCCCUCCAGCACCCCACAGGCUGCCCCGCUGCCCCUUUGGAGACAUGCAGAGGGGAAAUCCCUUUCACCGUGGGGGGGUUGUCUCCUUUUAUUUGACUCCUUAAAAAAAACUAAACAAGACAAAAGUGAUACAGUAAGGAGUAUAUAGGCGAGGCGAGUGUUAACUUUGUAGCAACACGUUACGUAAAAAGAAACUUGCACAUUUCAUCAUCAAAACAAUCUUUCAGCAUUUAAAUGCAAUUUUAUUUUUAAUGCUGACAGCUGGAUUCCUCAGCAGCUCCUUCGUUUCUUUAUACUGACGGGUGAAAUCUGAAUAUGGCAAGUGCCUUUUGGAGUGAAGCACUGCGGAUGCAGGGAAUAGAUGCAUGCACUUUUUGGGUCGCGGGUCUGUGCAGAUGCAGAACAUAUUUUCUCACAGUGCAUCAUUCAGUUCAUUUCUUUUUUUAAUGUUUUGGUUUGUUUGCUACUUUAGAUUCUUUCUAGCACAAUUUUCCACUAACAUGAAAAAAAGGGACAUUAGUCGUUCCCAAAUUUGGGGAUUCAAAGGAAUCGAAAUCAUAUUUGCCCAUUUAAAUUUAGACUCCAACUGUUGCAAAAAGACCAAAUCAGUCGUCACAAAUUGACAAUAAAACGGUUGGUGAGGCUCUUUUAAAUGUCUCAUUAGUGAUGAUUGCACGAGUCUCUGCCACUCUGGAAACCACCGGUUUAGGAGACAGAAAAGACAAGAGGUAGCCUCUUGUCUUUUCUGCCUGUAUUUACAUUUCACUUUAAGCAGUGCAGUUUGAAGCACUAGAUUUUUAAGUUUUUAACGUAACUUUAAAUAAACGUAAGUCUCGCGCUCAAACAGAAAAGAAAAACAUUAAAUGCUUCAGAGGUUUUCUUAAAUUAAGGUAGAUCUAAAUACAAUCAUUUAAAAUUCUGAUGUUUCAAAAACGUGUAACGAUCAGUCCUACAACAUGUACUGUGGAAUCAGAAAAAAGUAAAAUAAUAAUAAAAAAUAAUACUUUUUAACUGAACUAUUUUUAUUUCAGUCUAAAUCUUUCCACAGUUUGUCUGAUUUGAAAAAUCUGAAUUCUAAAUACAGCACAAAGCAGAAAAGUAAAGAAAAAAAUAUCUUAUUAAUUUGAUUAUUUGGAUUUACUUUGAGAAGUUGCACUUCAUCAACAACUGUAGGCUGUAUUAGUUUGAACAAAACAUAAUUUACGCAUCAUUUCUAAACUAAAUUCCUCACUAAUGCUUACAGAUAAUGAAACAUCUGUAUGUUCUUGAAAAUCCCCACACUUCUACGUACCAUUUAACAUAUUAUACACACAGUCCUCCUCCAAACGGCAACACUGUUAACACUCUUUAGCCUGCAGCUCGUAAAGAGGGAAGGAACCCCAAAAAACGAAAUCACAGUUUUUUAUUUUUUCCUGAGGGCGACUGAGGUCGGCGUCUCGUCUCCAGAAUAAGCUACGGCAGGCUUGGCUCUCUGUUCAGGGUCUGGGCCAGGGCAAUCCUUCAAAAACAGGGUGCAGCUUUGAAAUUCUUUGUGUUUAAAAAAAAUACAAAUGUUUGAUGAAAUAUCUCAGUUGAACUUGGCUCCUAUAUAAAUAUAUAUAUAUAAACCACAGAUACACACAGUAGUGUUGCAGUUUUUUCUACAGGGGCGUUUUGACCCAUGUAACCAUGUUCUUUUAUCCAACAUGUUCCUGCUCACUUAGAACUAUUGAUAGGUCUUAAUGUGUUUCUUUCCCCACCUUCGUUUUCUGAAUGUGAACUGUUGACGUCCCUCCAGACAAUUCUGUUGUGAUCAAAGGUGCUCCUGGGUUCUGGUUAAUGCGUCUGAAGGAGCGUAAAAAACGCUGAAUGUAAGAAAUGAACGGUUUCCACAAACGACACCGCUGCUCUGCUCGUUGUUUGAAAUGAACCAGCACGCCACACGAAAACAGUUUGAUGUGAUCUGACAUUUGGAUAUUUUCAAUUCAACCUGACGUCUGCGCGACUGCUUUGAAGACGUUGAUGUUAAUGAGAGAAGUGAGUGCAGCUGUGCGUUUGGGAGUCGUUCACGUGCUGAUGUUCAGUCUCAUUAACCACCAGACGAGGAAAAACUGUCCAUCUCGAUUCUGUUUGUCCCGAAGGUCUCGAAGCAUUGCCGUGGGAAGUGGUCUUACACAACAAGGUGCUGUGCUAACGCGUAAAAAGCGAGAAAAACUGAACUACGCCAAAAACAGGAAGUUCAUCUCUGCCAUUGAGUCCAAAAUAUAAAUGGAUUAUAAGCCUACACAACACUAGUGAAAACAUUUAUGUCACUCAUUCCCUUUAGAUUUCAUUAUUUUUGAGUUUUUUUCACCCAUUGGGAAGCUGUGGCACCCUGAGCACCCUCAGUUCCCACGGCCUUGUCUAUCAGAUCUCUUGUACCAUAUCCAAUGAAGUUCACAUCUAUCCAACAGAUGUUCGUUUGUAAUCUGAAGAUGACUGACUUGUCAUUUUAGCCAUAAUAUUACGCAAAUACGAACACUAAAAAAAGGUAAAGUAGUUGUCACAAUUUAGGAUACUGUAUGUCUUGUACUUUAAACUCAUCGGACUCAUUACUAGUGAUUCCCACCUUACCGAUGGUCACUUUUUCUCUCAGAAGUCCAUUGUAAAUACUAACAAUCCAACGACGCAAUAAACCUUUUAUUGCACUCAGACAGGGAGGCAAGCUUCUGCAGAGGGUCAGGUGAUGCGACGACGUUUCGAGUCUUUAACUGUGCAAAUCUCCGCCGAUGAAAACUCUGUAUAGCUCAUCUGAAUCAGGUGAUGUUGUUAUCUUUUCAGACUCCUUUCUCGUUUCUUUUACUUCCGUGCUGUUUUAACGAAUUACCCCUUUGACAUUGUCAGGUUGAAAAACAAAAAGAAACUGUAACUGGUUCACGCUGAUCUUAAAAGCUUCAGACUAUAGCGUUUCAAGUCCGAAAAAAUAAAAUAAAAAAGUAAAAAAAACGGCAAAAUAAACGCAAACAAAAUUAAAAAAAACUGAAAGCUGUUGCUGUAAACACAACAUUUUAAAGGAACUGUGUAUGUACAAAUAGUAUAUGUAUGUGAUUGAAAAUAAACAAAAUCUGAUCUUGGACUAUGAUAAA